UGUAAACUCUCUCUCUCCCCCGUUUGGUUUCCGAUAAUCUGCGGGAAAAUCCGAAGCAAGGAGAGAAAAAUGGCGCAGGCGGUACGGACGCCCGUCGCGAAUUCUCUGUCCAUCUUGUGUAAUUGGACGAACUCGAAUCCUCUCGCUCGCAACACUCUUACUCUUCCGGUUUCCGUUGCUCCGAAGUACCAGAGUCUAAGCAUCCGAUGUGCCCGUGUUGGAGGUGUGGAGAUCCCAACCAACAAGAGAAUCGAAUACUCUCUUCAAUACAUUCACGGGAUCGGCCGGGUGAGGGCACGCCAGAUUCUCAACGACAUCCAGAUGGAGAACAAGAUCACUAAAGACCUAUCCGAGGAUGAACUUAUCGUUAUUCGUGACGAGGUCUCCAAGUAUAUGAUCGAGGGUGAUCUCAGGAGGUUCAACGCACUGGCGAUUAAGAGAUUGAAGGAGAUUCAAUGUUAUCGAGGGGUGAGACAUAUACAAGGGCUGCCAUGUCGGGGACAGAGAACAAAGAACAAUUGCAGGACUCUCAAAGGUAAGAAAGUCUCCAUUGCAGGGAAGAAGAAAGCUCCCAAGUAAGCAGUAAGCCUUUUGUCUUAAUGUGAGUUUAGUUGUGUAGUUGUAUGUUCCAUUCUUGGAUUGUGUCUACUUCUUUCUGAAGUUACAUCUCGGGCUGAUGGUAAUGUUAUGAUAAAUGUACCAUACGUAUCUUAUCCUUUUUAUUAUUA